AUGCCAGGGAAAGGAAGCUGUGUCUGCGGUCAAUGGACCUAUGAGUAUGAGGGAGAGCCUCUUGGAGUAGCAAGUACGUUCUUCCUCUAUCCCGACACGUCGACUCAUGCUGACCGGUGUUUCAGUUUGUCACUGCAUUCCAUGCCGAAAGACGGCCGGCUCGAAUGGCAGCUUCAAUAUACUCAUUCCCGCAGAUAAGGUAUGUCGAUUGCAUACGCUUGAGCUGUGACGUCUUGACUGAAAUUCCGCAGUACAAGAAGCUGUCCGGCACAGACUUGAAGUUUACCCGUGUCGCCGACUCCGGCAAGGAUGUCCAUUACUCCAAUUGUGCUAAUUGCGCGACUGUAAUGAUGGCACAAGCCGACGCGAUGCCUGGAGUCAAUAUCGUGAAGGGCGGAACAGUCGAUGACCCGAAAGAGGAUGCGAAGCACCAGCCGGUCCAAGAGAUUUUCAGACGAAACGCACCUGAGUGGUGCACGCCAUGGAGCUGCGCCGAACAGAAGGAAGCGCAGUAA